GACAAAUUUGAGGGCUUAUUCCGUGCUUAUGACGACUGUGUGACGUUUCAGCUCUUUAAGAGUUUUCGGCGGGUCCGGAUAAACUUCAGCAACCCAAAAUCGGCUGCUCGAGCCAGGAUAGAGCUUCAUGAAACGCAGUUUCGGGGGAAGAAGUUAAAACUGUACUUUGCGCAGGUCCAGACCUCAGAGACUGACGGAGACAAGCGACAUCUGGCGCCCCCCCAGCCAGCCAAGCAGUUCCUCAUCUCCCCUCCCGCCUCGCCGCCCGUCGGCUGGCAGCCGGUCAGCGAUGCAACGCCUGUCAUCAACUACGACCUCCUUUGUGCCGUUUCAAAACUGGGGCCAGGUGAGAAGUAUGAGUUACAUGCGGGCACAGAGUCCACCCCAAGCGUCGUGGUGCAGAUCUGCGACAGUGACUCAGAGGAAGACCCAAAGAAUUCACCAAAGCCAAAAAUUAUUCAGACUCGGCGUCCAGGCCUGCCUCCUCCAGUGUCUAACUAAUUGUCUCCUGCAAAAGCAUUUGUUCUUUCCUCUGCCUCGUCCCAUUAUGUUUUUCCAUUUGCUUUGUUUCUCUGUGAAAGGGCGAGCCCUUGCCUGGAGAGUCGUGGCUUGUUUGAGCUUAGUGGGGUGUUCUCU